AUGUCGGGGUAUCCUGGCGGCGGUGGCGGCGGCCACCACGACGGGUACGACGGCCACCAGCAAAAUAACCAAACCGAUUCAUACUAUCAGGAUGAUCAGUACUAUGACAACAAUUACGACGCCCAUGGCGGAGGCCAGGGCGGUAACCACGGGGGAGAUGGUUACUAUGAUGAAUCAGGAUAUUAUAAUGCGGAUCCCAACAAUCCGUACCAUCACGACGGCGGGUAUUAUGAUGGCGAUGAUCAAUACCAUGACGAAUACCAAAAUCAUGGAGGCUACUACGACCAAAACUACAACCAAGGACAUCGCCAAGGAUCUGAAGAGGAUUCUGAGACCUUCAGUGAUUUCACAAUGAGGUCGGACAUGGCCAGGGCAGCUGAGAUGGACUACUACGGUCGUGGAGACGAGCGAUACGACAGUUAUGGCGACCCUCAGUCCAACAACCGAGGGUACAGACCUCCAUCCUCCCAAGUUUCUUAUGGCGGUAAUCGAUCAUCGGGCGCGUCAACCCCCAACUACGGCAUGGACUAUGGUAAUGUCUUGCCAGCCGGACAACGCUCACGCGAGCCCUACCCAGCCUGGACCUCGGAUGCCCAAAUCCCUCUGUCCAAAGAGGAGAUUGAGGAUAUUUUUAUGGAUCUGACUUCCAAAUUCGGAUUCCAGAGAGACAGCAUGCGCAACAUGUAUGACCACUUCAUGACACUGCUGGACUCCAGGGCCUCGCGAAUGACACCCAACCAAGCCCUCUUAUCGCUGCACAGUGAUUACAUUGGUGGUGAUAAUGCCAAUUACCGCAGGUGGUACUUCGCCGCUCAUCUGGAUCUGGACGACUCUGUCGGUUUUGCCAAUGCCACUGCCAAGGGGCUGAAGCGCAAAGCGAAGAACAAGAAGAAGGGAAAGCAGGAUGAUCCUACCAACGAGGCGGAAAUGUUGCAAGACCUUGAAGGCGACGACAGCCUUGAGGCUGCCGAGUACCGCUGGAAAACCCGGAUGAACCGCAUGUCCCAGCAUGACCGGGUUCGUCAGAUCGCCCUCUAUUUGCUUUGCUGGGGAGAGGCCAAUCAGGUUCGAUUCAUGCCAGAAUUGCUCUGCUUCAUUUUCAAAUGUGCGCAUGAUUAUCUUCUCUCUCCAGCAUGCCAGGCGCUAGUUGAACCCGUGGACGAGUUCACGUUCCUCAACAACAUCAUCACACCUCUCUACCAGUAUUGCCGAGAUCAAGGCUACGAAAUCCUCGACGGCGUUUACGUCAGACGUGAGCGGGAUCAUAAGCACAUUAUUGGUUAUGAUGACUGCAACCAGCUUUUCUGGUAUCCUGAAGGGAUCGAGCGCAUUGUUCUCCAAGACAAGAGCAAGCUCGUCGAUGUCCCUCCUGCCGAGCGUUACUUGAAGUUGAAGGAUGUCAAUUGGAAAAAGUGCUUCUUCAAGACCUACAGAGAAUCUCGUUCUUGGUUCCAUCUUCUGACCAAUUUCAACCGUAUCUGGAUUAUCCAUCUCACAAUGUUCUGGUUCUAUACCGCCCACAACGCCCCUUCACUGCUGGUUAAGGAUUACGAACAGCAAGUCAACCAGUCACCCUCCGCCGCCAAACAAUUUUCUAUUGUUGGUUUCGGUGGUGCCAUCGCGGCUCUAAUUCAAGUUCUUGCAACCUUGGCGGAAUGGGCCUAUGUUCCUAGAAGAUGGGCCGGCGCGGAACAUCUUACCAAGCGUCUCUUCUUCCUCCUCUUCAUGCUGAUUCUCAACAUUGCGCCCGGUGUCAAAGUUUUCAUGUUUGCCGACAAGAAUCCAAACUCGACAGUUGACCAUGCUCUCGGAAUUGUGCACUUCAUCAUUGCCAUCUUUACUUUCCUGUUCUUUGCCGUUAUGCCCCUCGGUGGCUUGUUUGGUAGCUAUUUGGUCUCCAACUCUCGCAAAUACGUGGCAAGCCAAACAUUUACGGCUGCCUGGGCGACGCUGCCAUUCAAUGACAUGGCUGUCUCGUACUUUCUAUGGCUGACGGUUUUCGGAGUCAAGUUUGGAGAGUCAUAUGUCUUCUUGGCACUCUCAUUCCGUGAUCCCAUGAGAUAUCUUUCAAUCAUGCACCUGCACUGUCAGGGUGAUCAUUUGUUUGGCACUGCUGCCGACGUUUUGUGCAAGAACCAACCUAAGAUCACUCUGGGUCUCAUGAUAUUCACGGACUUGCUCUUCUUUUUCCUCGAUACCUAUCUGUUCUAUGUCUUGAUCGCCGCAAUCUUUUCCAUCGCAAGAUCCUUCUACAUUGGUUCGUCGAUCUGGACACCUUGGCGAAAUGUCUUCUCUCGUCUGCCGAAGCGCAUCUAUUCUAAAGUCUUGGCAACAACGGACAUGGAAAUUAAAUAUAAGCCCAAGGUCCUCAUUUCUCAAGUCUGGAAUGCUAUUGUCAUCUCCAUGUACCGGGAGCAUCUUCUUGCCAUUGACCACGUGCAGAAACUGCUGUAUCAUCAAGUUCCGUCUGAACAAGAAGGAAAGAGAACAUUGCGAGCUCCAACCUUUUUUGUUUCCCAAGAAGAUCAUUCUUUCAAGACAGAGUUCUUCCCUAGCAAUAGUGAAGCAGAACGCCGAAUUUCUUUCUUCGCUCAAUCGUUGUCUACUCCUAUUCCGGAGCCGCUGCCAGUCGACAACAUGCCGACUUUCACUGUCAUGAUUCCUCACUAUGGUGAAAAGAUUCUCCUUUCCUUGCGAGAGAUUAUUCGUGAAGAUGAGCCCUACUCUAGAGUUACGCUUUUGGAGUAUCUCAAGCAACUUCACCCUCACGAAUGGGACUGCUUCGUCAAAGAUACCAAAAUCCUGGCUGAUGAGACAUCUCAAAUGAACGGUGAUGAGGAAAAGAAUGAGAAAGACACGGCCAAGAGCAAAAUCGAUGAUCUUCCAUUCUACUGUAUCGGAUUCAAGUCUUCUGCCCCCGAAUAUACCCUCCGCACGCGUAUUUGGGCUUCGCUACGCUUCCAAACACUGUACCGAACAAUCUCCGGUUUUAUGAAUUAUAGCCGUGCUAUCAAAUUGCUGUACAGAGUCGAAAACCCCGAAGUCGUGCAAAUGUUUGGUGGUAACACAGAUAAGCUGGAGCGAGAGCUGGAGCGCAUGGCCCGCCGCAAGUUCAGAAUUUGUGUGGCCAUGCAGCGUUAUUCCAAGUUCAAGAAGGAAGAAAUGGAAAACGCCGAAUUCCUACUCCGCGCGUACCCUGAUCUCCAAAUUGCUUACUUGGAUGAGGAGCCUCCCGUUGCUGAAGGCGAAGAGCCUAGACUGUACUCUGCCCUCAUUGACGGACACUCUGAAAUCAUGGAGAACGGUCUGCGACGCCCCAAGUUCCGCGUCCAGCUUUCUGGCAACCCCAUUCUUGGAGACGGAAAAUCCGACAACCAAAACCACGCAAUCAUCUUCUACCGUGGCGAAUAUAUUCAGCUUAUCGAUGCCAAUCAAGACAACUAUCUGGAAGAAUGUCUGAAAAUUCGAAGCGUACUGGCCGAGUUCGAAGAGAUGAAGACUGAAAACGUAUCACCUUAUACCCCUGGUGUGAAAAACAACUCACCUGCGCCUGUUGCUAUUCUUGGUGCCCGUGAGUACAUUUUCUCGGAAAACAUCGGUGUUCUUGGUGAUAUUGCUGCAGGAAAGGAACAGACGUUCGGUACUCUUUUUGCACGUACUAUGGCUCAAAUCGGAGGCAAGCUCCAUUACGGUCACCCUGAUUUCCUCAACGGCAUUUUCAUGACAACCCGUGGUGGUGUUUCAAAGGCUCAGAAGGGUUUGCACUUGAACGAAGAUAUUUUCGCUGGUAUGAACGCCAUGUUGCGAGGAGGUCGAAUCAAGCACUGCGAAUACUAUCAGUGUGGUAAGGGUCGUGAUUUGGGUUUUGGUUCCGUUCUUAACUUCACAACCAAGAUUGGUACUGGUAUGGGCGAGCAGCUUCUUUCUCGAGAGUACCACUACCUAGGAACCCAACUUCCCCUGGAUCGCUUUUUGUCAUUCUACUACGCUCACGCCGGCUUCCACGUCAACAACAUGUUGAUUAUGCUGUCCAUUCAAAUGUUCAUGAUUACGCUCAUGAACAUUGCCGCUCUACGACACGAGACGAUUGCAUGCGAUUACAACCGAGACGUUCCCAUCACCGAUCCUUUGUUCCCCACUGGUUGUCAAAACACGGACGCAUUGAUGGAUUGGGUCCAACGCUGUGUUUUCUCAAUUUUCUUCGUCUUCUUCCUAGCUUUCGUUCCUCUGAUUGUGCAGGAAUUGACUGAGCGUGGUAUCUGGAGGGCCCUCAGUCGAUUCCUGAAACAAAUCCUGUCGCUUUCACCGUUCUUUGAAAUCUUCGUCACUCAGAUUUACGCGAACUCUGUGCAACAGAACAUUUCGUUUGGCGGUGCUCGAUACAUCGGAACAGGUCGUGGUUUCGCCACAGCACGCAUUCCCUUUGGUGUCUUGUACUCUCGAUUCGCUGCCCCGUCAAUUUAUUUCGGUGCUAGAUUGUUGAUGAUGCUUCUGUUUGCAACUGUCACCGCUUGGCAGCCUGCGCUCGCCUACUUUUGGAUCAGUUUGCUUGGAUUGACCAUCUCUCCUUUCUUGUACAAUCCGCAUCAAUUUGCAUGGACUGACUUUUUCAUCGAUUAUCGUGACUAUCUUCGUUGGCUGUCGCGUGGUAACUCGCGAUCGCACGCUUCUUCAUGGAUUUCAUUUUGCCGACUGUCUCGUAUCCGAGUUACUGGUUACAAGCGCAAGCAUUUGGGUGAUGCAUCAGCCAAGAUGUCGGGAGAUGUUCCCAGAGCAGCCAUCGCUAAUAUUUUCGCCACUGAAAUCGUGACACCCCUCAUCCUCGCUGUCCUCACACUGAUCCCUUACCUCUUCUUGAACGCGCAAACCGGUGUGCUUCGGGACAAUCAAAAGGUUGCAAAGGGCCAGACAGCUGCCGCCAUUCAGCCCACCGACUCUCUCAUUCGAAUCUUGAUUGUCGCUUUCGGACCAGUCGCCGUCAACGCUGGUGUGCUGAUGGUUAUGUUUGCCAUGGCGUGCUUUAUGGGACCUUUGUUAAGCAUGUGCUGCAAGAAAUUUGGCAGUGUCUUGGCCGCUAUUGCACACGCCCUUUCAGUCAUCUUCAUGUUGGUCUUCUUUGAGGUGCUGUUUUUGCUCGAAGGCUUCAACUUUGCCCGUACGAUGGCCGGCAUGAUUGCAGUCGUAUGCAUGCAGCGAUUCUUGUUCAAGCUCAUUAUUUCGCUGUUCCUGACGCGAGAAUUCAAGGGCGAGGGAUCCAACAUCGCCUUCUGGACUGGAAAAUGGUACUCCAUGGGCUGGCACACCGUCACACAGCCUGCCCGUGAGUGGCUUGCCAAGGUUACAGAACUCAGCAUGUUUGCAGCUGAUUUUAUUCUUGGACACUGGUUGCUGUUCUUCAUGAUCCCCGUCAUCCUGAUUCCUCGGGUUGAUAUGCUGCAUUCCAUGAUGCUCUUCUGGCUUUUGCCUAGCCGACAAAUUCGUCCUCCUAUCUACUCCAUGAAACAGUCAAAACUUAGGCGGCGCCGCGUCAUUCGCUUUGCUAUUCUCUAUUUCGUUCUCGCCAUCGUCUUCAUCGCUCUGAUUGUCGGACCGAUUUUUGCUGCCAAAUCCAUUCCUGACUCAUUGAACAAGUCCUUGUCUAAUAUUGCAGGCUUCCGACUGUUACAGCCAAACCACCAAAACAAUGACAACACAAAUGGAACUCAACAAACUGGCACGGGCGCGUCAGACUACACCGGUGCUGGCAGGAAAACGACCACAUCAGGCGCGGGUGCUGAUUCCACUGGCAAGAUCAGACUAUUUUGA